AUAUAAUACGAGUAUUAACUGAUUGCCAAGUCUGCGAGUGCAGGUGACCCACGUCUCCCAUUCAAGAUAACAAUGACUGGGACGCUCGCAGUCGUGGCAGUGCUGGCUGCAGUCGCAACAGUACGGUGUGUCAUGCCCCCACCACCAGCACCAGACCAGCCUGGACAUCAUCACGCUAGACCAGGCUCUCCGCUGCGAGCAGUCGACGAUUACCGGCGUGACGACAACCAACCAGAGCAAUUUGAGAAUUAUCGACGUUGUGGGUGGUCAUGUUUAAAAAUCAUGUUUAAAAGUGGCAAACAUGACCUCGCCGAACUUGACUCCGACUCUAGUCACAACCAUCAACGACCACCAUCAUCAGACCAGCCUGGACAUCAUCACGCUACACUAGGCUCUCCGCUGCGAAUAUUCGAUGCUUACAGGCGUGACGACUACCACCCAGAGCAAUUUGAGAAUUAUCCGCGUGGGGGGUGGUCUAGUUUAAAAAUUAUGUUUAAAAGUGGCAAACAUGACCUCGCCCAACUUGACUCCGACUCCAGUUACAACCAUCAACGAGCACCAUCACCAGACCAGCUUGGACAUCAUCACGAUACACCAGGCUCUCUGCUGCGACCAAUCGAUGAUUACCGGCGUGACGACUACCAACCAGAGCACUUUGAAAAUUAUCCGCGUGGGGGGUGGUCAAGUUUAAAAAUUAUGUUUAGAAGUGGCAAACAUGACCUCGCCCAACUUGACUCCGACUCCAGUUACAACCAUCAACGAGCACCAUCACCAGACCAGCUUGGACAUCAUCACGAUACACCAGGCUCUCUGCUGCGACCAAUCGAUGAUUACCGGCGUGACGACUACCAACCAGAGCACUUUGAAAAUUAUCCGCGUGGGGGGUGGUCAAGUUUAAAAAUUAUGUUUAGAAGUGGCAAACAUGACCUCGCCCAACUUGACUCCGACUCCAGUUACAACCAUCAACGAGCACCAUCACCAGACCAGCUUGGACAUCAUCACGAUACACCAGGCUCUCCGCUGCGACCAAUCGAUGAUUACCGGCGUGACGACUACCAACCAGAUCACUUUGAAAAUUAUCCGCGUGGGGGGUGGUCAAGUUUAAAAAUUAUGUUUAGAAGUGGCACACUUGAUCAUGCCGAACUUGACUCCGACUCUAGUUACAACCAUUAACGGAGAAAACGUGAAAAAGAAUAAUGGUGGCCGGAAGAACGCAUAAUAUGUCUACAUACUAUGUGUGGUAUAUUUAAUCCAGCAAAUAUAAAUGUUUAUCUCAAAGCAAACAA